UAAAGGCACGUGUAAUUCUUAGUGGAAGUUUUCAGUGCUGAGAAGUAUACCUUCAAAUUUUCGAUAAACAGCGAUGGAUGGUUUUGAAAGGGAUUUAGUUUGUGCUUUAAAAGAAGUCGUGAAUGAUAGUAACUGGCAAUACGUGGGAAUAAAAGAGAUGUUUAAUUCACCCUGCACCAAACUGUAUUCUGAAGAUGGUGAACACGUAGUUCUUGUGCACACUGAGGAUGGCCGAUUCUGGGCAAUGGAUUCUGCAUGUCCACACGAAGGGGGUCCACUUGAGCUUGGUGACAUUGAAGAUGUAGGCAAUGGGAAGUUGGCAUUAAUCUGCCCCUGGCAUCACUUUGAUUUCUGCUUGGACACUGGGAGCUCUUCCACCGGACUUCAGAACCAAGUGUACGAGGUCAGAGAGUUCAAGGGCAAGAUUUACAUUCAAACACAAAGCAGGUUGUCGCUGAGUCCUAAAACCGAGACGGCAGCUGUGCCCUUUGACAGAUUGACACCUAGCCUUCCAGUACCGGUUUGCUCUGAAGAUACACUCUGUUUCUGGGCAGCUAAAAUCCUGUGCACACCUGAGCCCAAAGAGAAGGUGGCGCUGACACACCAGGUUCAGGAGCGGUGGAAUUCUGGACAGAUUUCCGAAAUCGGGCACGCAGAAGCACCGGAGCAGCCGAGCAGAGAGGAGAGCCUGACAGUGCGAGAGCCAGGGAGGAUCAAACGAGGGAAAGGGGGCACGCUGGCCAGUAGAAUCGCCUUGCUGCAUUCCCUAGCUAACAUCGAGCAGUGGGCAAUAGACCUGUCGUGGGACAUCAUUGUGAGGUUUGCCUCAGUGAGGUUACAGAACGGAGAACAGCUGCCUCGGGAGUUUUUCAAUGACUUUGUAAAGGUGGCUGGAGAUGAGGCCAAGCAUUACCAGUUAUUGGAGAAGAGGAUCACAGAACUAGGCAGCUUCUUCGGAUCACUGCCAGUGCACAAUGGACUGUGGCAGUCAGCAAUGGACACCUCCCACGACCUCACGACCCGGCUGGCAAUAGUUCACAUGGUACAUGAAGCCAGAGGUCUUGAUGUCCACCCUCAGACACUGGCCCGCUUUGCAGCUCAGAGUGAUGAGAGCUCUGUGAAGAUCCUGGAGGUGAUCUACAGAGAUGAAAUCACUCACGUGGCUGCAGGGCUGAGAUGGUUCAACUACAUCUGUGCUAAGGAGGAGCGGGACCAUCUGUCUACAUUUCACGAUCUGGUGAAAAAGCACUUUAAAGGCUACCUCAAGCCUCCGUUUAACAGUGAAGGAAGAAAAACCGCUGGGAUGACUGAAGAGUGGUACCUUCCUUUAGUGAGGCCUUCUUAGUAUGAAUGGAUUUCUGGGAGAAACACAUGAAGGGAUGAAAGCAUCAGUAUGCAAUUUCCAAAGACAAGCCAGGAGGACCCUUCCUUUCCCCCCGACACCUCUUCACCACAGGCAGCCGUGGUUUGUUAGCUACAGCGGGUUAAUUCAGGAUCUUAUUUCAUGAAUGGAUUUAGAUGACAUUAUGUAUAUUCUGGAUUCUAGAAGGAAUUGUCAGUUUUAAAAAUUAGUCUCUUAAUACUGUACUCUCAUGCAUUAUCACUAUUUAUUUAGGUUGGUUACUGUGGCAGAGGGAAAGCCCUGCUGAUGCACGUGUUCAUGUGGGGGAUAUUCGGUUGGCAGGGAGGGGGUUAAAUUUCUCCCUGUCAAAACACGUGAGACUUUGGCUGCAGCUGAGAAUUAAAUAAGUGAUUAAGGCUCCAAUCACAGGCGUAUAAAUAGGCUUAUCACAAGUGCUAGUUAGAAAAAGGAAGGAUUAACAUUGGUAGUGAAGGUACGUGUUCUGUGUUCACGUCCAUGAGUUUUUGUAUAGACCUUUUGUUUUGACCCUUGUGCCUUUUUAUUUCUUAAUGUGUUUUGUUUAGUGUUUUACUAUUAAACGUGUGCAUUAGCUCUUGAAACUGCAACUUCGGUGUCUGAGUCUCCCUUCCUGGUCGAAAAAGCAGAACACAGUUACCAAGAAAGUCAGGCUGACACAAUG